AUGGCUACAAUUGCGAGAAAGAAAGCUUGGAGACCAAAAUCCAAAACUGGCUGCCUUACUUGUCGAAUUCGCCGUGUCAAAUGCGGAGAAGAGAAACCGGGGUGCUUCCGAUGCACGAAGACUGGACGUAAAUGCGAUGGCUACGAUCAAGAUCGUCCAGAGAUGUCGAGUCCCCCACUGCGACGAAGGGAUAGUGCGAUUUCUUCGUCAAAUCCAAGCCCGAUUUCUAGCCUCAUCACGAGUCCUAUCCCAAGCAUAGUCGAAAUGCCUUCUCCGGUCAUCGAAUGGGAUGAAGAAGAGCAAAGAAGCUUCAAUUUCUUCAUCACCAAGACAGCACCAGAAUUGGCGGGUAAUUUUGACUCUAGAUUCUGGACCAGUCUAAUUUUGCAGAGGUGUCACUCGGAUCCGCCCAUUCGCCAUGCAGUCAUUGCUUUGGGAGCCUUCAACGAGUCCUUCAAGUUUGGCGAUAUCAAAUUACUGGAAGCGGGAGCGAUUGCUGAUUCGAAGCAACGAUUUGCUCUGCUACAAAAUAUUAAAGCCAUACGGUACUUGACGGGUCAUCUCUCGCAUGGAAGCCACCGACAAUCUACAGAAGUAAUCCUUAUAUCUUGUCUUUUGUUCAUUUGCUUUGAAGCAAUGCAAGGAAAUUACCAAGCUGCAUUUGCGCAUCUAAACAGUGGAUUAAAGAUCCUAGGCGAUUGCAUGGAGAUAAAUGGACAAAAUUCCCUCGCUCAUUUGGAGUCAAGCAUGAUUCGGGAAUUCAUCCGCUCAGAACUAGUACCUUUAUUCGGAGCUUUGGACAUCCAAGCGAUCAGAAUACUACCAAGUAGCUUCAUUCAACGGGAAAUGACGAGCGGGUCCACGAAAUUUGAUUUUAGAACCCAUACUAACAUACCAGAUCCCAUUUUAUCGCUGAAUGAAGCAAAAUAUCAUCUGCAAAACCAGACCCACGCAAUCUUGGUAUACCAUCAGAGUGCAGCACAGCAUUAUAUCCCAGAGAUUCCAGAUAAUAACGACACUCUAUGCUCGAGUAGCAUGAAUGCUAUCAUAGAAGAAAAGAGAGGGCGAGUUCUGCAGCUUGAGCAGUGGUCCAAAGUCUUCAACAACUUUGUACAAGCGGCAGGUCAAACAAUGAAUACGAAUGAUCUACGAGCAUCAAUAUCGCUCAAACUUCAUCAUGUCGCCAACAAACUAAUUCUCGAAACAGCGCAGUUCAAGACUGAAUUGGACUACGAUCGAUUUAUGGAUCAAUUCGGGCUAAUGACUUCACUAGCCGAAUCUCUUCUCAAAUCGUACGGCGAUUCCAGACUGGAAAAUGGACGGGUGUUUUCUUUCGACGCUGCAAUAAUACCACCGUUGCUAUGUGUGGCAUGCAAAUGUCGUGAUCCUUCGCUGCGCAGGAGAGCACACGCUCUUAUGGUCAGCUCUUUCAAACGAGAAGGUGGUUGGGAUAGUGAUAUGGCGAGUAGUAUUGGUAGGUGGACUAUAGAUAAGGAAGAGAAGAAUUUAGAGAAUAUUUCGAGAGCGGAAGAGGUAGUGGAGUCUUCUCGUAUCGCAGUAACAGAAAUAACGUCCAUUGGAAGACGAAAGGCAUUGAUCAAAUUUAGACAAGGUCCUCGUCGGGAUGAUGGAGAUGAAGAGCUCCAGGAGGAAUGGAUUGUAUGGUGA